CAAGCCAAGCCCACCUGUCACAUCGCUGCCCAUAAGAAUAAACACACUCUCACCUUCACCCGGGUCACCGUAGGAGACACUGGCCUGUUCUCCUUCCAGACUGACGGGAGCCAAAACUGGAUCCAAACCUCAGGCCAACUCACUGUCAUAGCCAGAGACAUACAGAUUGUGAAGGAGUUGGAAGAUGAGGAAGUGACUGAGAGGCAGAGCGUGACCUUCCUGUGCGAGGUCAACUGUGAAGACGUGGACGGGCGUUGGUACAGCGACAACACCAGGAUCAAACACGGAGACAACGUCAAGAUCAGGCACGAGGGUAAAACUCACACCAUGUGCUUCAAGUCUGUCAGGCCAGCAAAUGCUGGGGAGAUCAAAUUCACUGCAGACAGGGUCUCCUGCUAUGCAACUCUCACGGUAAAAGAGCUGCCUGUGCAGAUAGUGAAGCCUCUGAGAGUGAAGAUUGCUAUGUACAAACACAAAGGACUGCUGGAGUGCCAGGUGUCCAGGGCCAACGCCCUGGUCAGGUGGUUCAAGAACAGGAGUGAGAUCCAACCCAGCAAGAAGCACCAGAUUGUUAGCGAUGAUGUCUACAGGCAGCUGCACAUUGAUGACGUGGCCUCAUCAGACGAGGACACCUACACCUGUGAUGCUGGCGAUGACAAGACCUCCUGCCAACUACUAGUGGAGGAGCAGGCGAUCAGCAUAGUGCAGGGGCUAAGGUCUGUGGAGGUGACUGAGCCCAGGGAGGCCCUGUUCCAGGUGGAGACCAGCCUGAGGGCAGGGAGGCCCCCAAAGUGGACCCUGGACGGAGAGGUCCUGAUGGACGGGCCUGAACUGAGCAUAGACCGGCAGGGGACACUGCACACCCUCUGCUUCAUCAGCACGGACAGCUCUAUGACCGGCCCUGUGCAGUUCAAUGCCGGGAAGAGCCGCUCCACCGCACAGCUCACCGUGAAGGAGCGCCCUCUGAAAGUGGUCCAGCCCAUGCCAGACGUGGAGGCUAAAGAGAACAGCUCGGUCACACUGAGGUGUCAGUUUGCCCCCUCCCCCAGGGUGGUGCGCUGGUACAGGGGCCGCACUGCCCUGCAGACAUCCAGCAAGUACAGCAUGAGGACCGAGAAGAACCAGGCAGAGCUGACCAUCCAGGGCCUCAAGGAGACCGACACUGGCCAGUACAGCUGCAUGGCUGGAGGGUCAAAGAGUACAGCCAAGGUCGAUGUGCGAAGGCUGAAGAUCGUAAGGCACCUGGAGCACGUGAAGGUGGAAGAGGAUAGCAACGCCACAUUCACAUGUGAACUCAACUACGUGGUAGCCAAUGUGCAGUGGCUUCUGAACGACAACCACCUCAUCGCCAACACUGUUACCAGGAUUCAGAACAUGGGCACCAUUCACAGCCUCACCAUCAAAAAUCUCCGCCCACAGGAGAGCAGGGUGACCUUCAAGGCUGGCCUUCUCACUGAGUCCACCUCCCUCAAGGUCAAAGAAAAGCCAGCAGUGUUCCUCAGGUCUCUAGAAGACAUGUCAGGGGAGGAGGAGGGGAAGGUGUGUCUGCAGUGUGAGACCUCUAAGGAAAUGGCAACCCCCGUCUGGAGGAAGGAUGGUACGGUCCUGGACAGCAGUGACAAAUAUGAGCUUCUCAUGUUUGGGAAGUCCUUAACGCUCAUCAUCCAUAGUCUGAGUAAGGAUGAUGCAGGCCACUACAGCUGUGACUUGGGCACCAGCCAGACCAAGGCCAAAGUCACUGUACAUGACCUUCACAUCACCAUCGCCCAGCGUAUGAAGACCGUCUCUGUUCUGGAGGGCGAGAGCUGCAGUUUCGAGUGCAUCCUCUCUCACGAUGUCAUCGACGAGCCCUCCUGGACCUUGAACGGUCAACUUGUGAUCAGCAACAGCCGCAUCCAGAUCGUAAACAAGGGUCGCAAAUACAAGAUGACCAUCAGAGACGCAACUGUGACUGAAGCCGGGGACGUAAUCUUCUUUGUCAAAGACCUCAGCUGCAGGACCAUGCUGUUUGUCAAAGAGAAGCCCGUGCAUGUGUUCAGGGACAUGAUGAGCGUUAAAGCCACCCCAGGGGAGAACGCUGAGCUGAGCUGUGAGAUCACCAAGCCUGAGGCCUUCAUCCGCUGGCUGAAGAAUGGCCAUCAGAUCAGGCACAGCCCCCCCAAGUACGAGAUCAGUGUGGAGGACCACCUGGUACGGCUGGUUAUCACGAACACCUGCAUCAGAGACUCUGGGGAGUACUGCUGUGAGGCUGACGGCAUUGCCACCCGGGCCAAGCUGGAGGUCAGAGAGCUGCAGCACACAUUUGCUCGGGAGCUGCGGGACACACGGGCCGAGGAGAAGAGCAAGGUGAUGCUGGAGUGCGAGACGAGACUGCCGGCCAAGCGGGUGACCUGGCUGAAGGGCAUGGCAGAGCUCCGGGCGGGCAGGAAGUAUGUGAUGAAGCAGAAGGGCGUGGUCCUCUACCUCACCAUCAGCUGCCUGGAGAAGGUUGACACCGACGUGUACACCUGCGAUGUUGGCACCAUGCAGAGCCGGGCGCUACUGACCGUGCAUGCCAUUCCAGCUGAGUUCACCCAGCCGCUGCAGAGCAUGGAGGUAAAGGAGGGGGAGGAUGUGACCCUUUCCUGUGAGUUCUCCCUGCCGGGGGUUGCGUUCCACUGGAGGAGGGGCUUGGAGACCCUCAGAGCUGGAGAGAGGUACCUGAUGAAGCAGAAGAGGUCCUUCAUCUCUUUGACCAUCACUGGCCCGAAGCCUCAGGACUCAGGAGAUUACACCUGUCAGUGCCGAGACCACAGAACCACAGCCAGCCUCACAGUCCACGCCAUCCCCGUCUCCUUCACACAACAGUUGAAAAAUGUUCAGGCCGAGGAGGGCAACAGUUUAACGUUGCGCUGUGAGCUUUCUAAACCAGGAGUCCCUGUGGAGUGGAGGAAAGGGGAGGAGCUGUUAAAGAAUGGAGUGAAGUUUCAGAUAAGGAAGAGAGAGACCAUAUCGGAGGUUCAGAUAUGGAAAGCUGUGCCUGAAGACAGUGGAGUCUACAGCUGUGAGUGUGCAGACCAAAAGACCACAGCCACCGUCAAAAUCAGCGCCCUGCCUGUUACCUUCAAACAAAAGCUGAGGAACGUGCAUGUCGAAGAGGGGAACAAUUUGGUGUUACACUGUGAGCUCUCUAAACCCGGAGUCCCUGUAGAAUGGAUGAGGGGAGGAGAGGAGCUGCUGAACAACGGAGAGAGGUUUCAGAUAAGACAGAGAGAGUUGGUGAAUGAACUGAAGAUAAUAGAUGCCAAACUUGAAGACAGCAAUAUCUACACCUGUGUUUGUGGCAAUGUGGAAACCACAGCCGGUGUUACAGUCACAGCAAUUCCCAUCACUUUCAAGCAAAAGCUGAGGAACCUGCAGACUGAGGAAGGGAACACCAUCUCGCUGCACUGUGAGCUGUCUAAAGCAGGGGUGCCAGUGGAGUGGAGAUUGGGAGGAGAGAGGAUACUGCAGAAUGGAGACAAAUACCAGAUCAAGCAGACAGACUCAGCACUGGAACUCCUCAUCAGGGAGGCUCUGCCAGAGGACAGUGGAGUCUACAGCUGUGUGUGUCGAGACAAGAAGACCAAGGCCACUGUCAAAGUCAUUGCUGUACCUGCCACCUUCAAAGUGGGUCUGAAGAACCAGGAGGCCCCAGAGGAGGGCAGCAUAACCCUGCACUGUGAGCUGUCUAAGGCUGGGGUCUCAGUGGAGUGGUGGAGGGGGGAGACAGAACUGUCCCAAGACCUGUCUGGAGGAAAGUACCAGAUGAAACUGGAGGGGAAAAUAGCUGAGAUGACCAUUACCAAUGUGCAACCGGAGGACGUAGGGAAGUACAGCUGUGUCACUGGAGACCAGAAGACCACCGCUGAAGUUAAAGUGCAGGCUCUCCCUGUAAUGUUCACACAAGAGGUCCAGAAUGUGGUGAUCAAAGAGGGAGACAGUGGGGAGUUCUGGUGUGAGCUCUCCAAGCCUGGUGACCCAGUGGACUGGAGGAGGGGAAGAGUCCUCCUGAAGUCUGGAGACAAAUAUGAGAUGAGGCAGGAGGGACGCAUCACUAAACUGCUCAUCCAUAACGUGGAGGAGAGGGAUGCUGGGAAAUACACCUGUAAGAGUCGAGAUGCAAAGUCAACUGCUGAACUGACCGUGACGGGCCCACCCCCCACUUUCAAAGAACAGCUGAGGAACGUGGAUGUUGAGGAGGGUAAGACUGUGACGCUACACUGUGAACUGUCUAAAGCAGCAGCCUCAGUUGAGUGGCAGAGGGGAGCAAAGCUGUUGACGAAUGUAGCCAAGUACCAGAUGAGGAAGAAAGAUUUACUGGUGGAAUUGAAGAUUAUCGACGCAAAUCUGGAGGACAGUGGGGUUUACGCCUGUAUUUGUGGCGAACAAAAGACCACAGCAACUGUUACAAUAAAGGCUCGCCCGGUCACAUUUAUAGAAGAGUUGAGGAACGUUCAGGUUGAGGAGGGCAACACUGUGUCAUUGCGCUGCGAGCUCUCCAAACCAGGGAUGUCGGUUGAAUGGAGGAGAGGAACAGCUCUUCUGCAGAAUGGAGAGAAGUACCAGAUGAAGCAGAAAGAUGCAACGUUGGAGCUGGUCAUCAGGAAAACCUUGCCCGAGGACAGUGGUGUCUACAGUUGCGUGUUGGAAGACCAGCAAACCUUCGCCACCAUCAUUAUCACUGCUCUCCCUGUAAUAUUCACACAAGAGGUCCAGAACGUGGUGAUCAAAGAGGGGGACAGUGGGGAGUUCUGGUGUGAGCUCUCCAAGCCUGGUGACCCAGUGGACUGGAGGAGGGGCAGAGUCAUCCUGAAGUCUGGAGACAAAUAUGAGAUGAGGCAGGAGGGACGCAUCACUAAACUACUCAUCCAUAACGUGGAGGAGAGGGAUGCUGGGAAAUACACCUGUAAGAGUCGAGAUGCUCAGUCAACUGCUGAACUGACCGUGACGGCUCCUCCCGUCACGUUCAAGGUGAAGUUGAAGAACCAGGAAGUCGAGGAGGAGAACAGUGUGACGUUAUUCUGCGAGCUCUCUAAACCAGGACUGACGGCAGAGUGGAGGAAAGGAGAGGAGCUGCUGAAGAAUGGAGUAAAGUACCAGAUAAAGAAGAGAGAGGCAACGAUGGAACUGACAAUAAGGAAUGCAGUGCUCGAGGACACCGGAUUCUACAGCUGUGUUUACGCAGAAGCCAAAACCACCGCCACUGUCAACAUCACCCCCAUUCCUGUCACCUUCAAGAUGGGUCUUAAAAACCAGGAGGCCUCAGAGGGGGGCAUCGUGACCUUGCGCUGUGAGCUGUCUAAAGCUGGGGUCCCGGUGGAGUGGUGGAAAGGGGAGGAGGAGGUGAGCCCUGGAGGAAGGUACCAGAUGAAGCUGGAGGGAAAGAUAGCAGAGUUACACAUUAAAAACAUCCAGCCAGAGGACGUGGGGGAGUACAGCUGUAUAUUCGGAGAUCAGAAAACCACUGCUGAAGUCAACGUGAGAGCUGCUGCCUCAGUGUUCUUUGAGAAGGAGCUGGAGAGCAAUGUGGUGAUGGAGGGGAAGUCCGUGGUCCUCUCCUGUGAGGUCUCCAGUGCCACUGUCCCCGUCACCUGGAAGAAGGACGCCUGCCUAGUCACAGAUGGGGAGAGGUUCAUUGUAAAAAAGAAAGGUCCCGUUCACACCCUGGAGAUCGAGAAGCUGAGUGUGGAGGACGCUGGGGAGUACAGCUGCAUCACUAGGGGAAAGAAGACCACAGCCAAGCUGGUUGUGAAAGAGCGUGUGAAAAUAUUGUCCGGACUGAAGGACAUGAAAGUCACAGCCGGGCAGGACGCAGUGUUUGUGUGUGAGCUGUCCCACGCCGAGGUGAGUGAAGGCGAGUGGUGGCUGGGCUCCAGCCCACUGCAGAAGAAUGAAAUGAACCAGAUGAGCUUUGAGGGCCACCAGCACUGCCUGGUCUUGACCAUGACCACCCCGGAGGAGACCGGGACCGUGGCCUUCGUGGUUGGGGAGGAGAGAACCUCUGCCCAACUGCUAGUUGUCCCCAAACCCAAAGUACACAUUGAGAAGAAGCCCCAGGACAUUGACAUCAUGGAAGGGGAGACAGCCACCUUAUCCUGUACGACCUCUGACCUCAUUACCCCUGUCACAUGGAGAAGGAACAGCAUGCCCCUCCUGAACGGAGAUAAGUAUGAGACGCGUAAGAAGGGCAAGCUCAACCUCCUGCUCAUCCAUGAGACGGAACCAGAGGACUCUGGGAUAUACUCCUGUGACACUGGGGACAUGCAGAGCGAUGCAAAUCUGACGGUCAAUGAGCUACCACCGUACUUCGAGGAGGAGCUGCAGGCUGUGGAGGCUGAGGAAGGGGGCACAGCCUUUCUGUUUUGUGAGCUGUCUAAGCCCGGAGUCCCAGUCCAGUGGAGGAAAGGCCGGCUGCCUCUCAGGCCCAACAGGAAGUAUCAGAUGAAGCAGGACGGCUGUGUGUUUCAGCUACACAUCCUGGAGCUGAAGUCCGAGGACAGUGGCAGCUACUCGUGCCAGGCAGGCUGUGUGGAGACCACCGCCUCUGUGUCUGUGAAAGUUAAAGUACUCAUUGAGAAGAAGCCCCGGGACACCGUCAUCAUGGAAGGGGAGACGGCGACCUUGUCCUGUACGACCUCUGACCUCACUACCACUGUCACAUGGAGACGCAACAACAUGCCCCUACUGAACGGAGACAAGUAUGAGAACCGUAAGGAGGGCAAGCUCAACCUGCUUCUCAUCCACAAUGUGGACCCAGAUGACUCUGGGAUAUACUCCUGUGAUACUGGAGACAUGCAGAGCAGCGCCAAUCUGACUGUCACAGUUAAAGUACUCAUUGAGAAGAAGCCCCGGGACACCGUCGUCAUGGAAGGGGAGACGGCGACCUUGUCCUGUACGACCUCUGACCUCACUACCACUGUCACAUGGAGACGCAACAACAUGCCCCUACUGAACGGAGACAAGUAUGAGAACCGUAAGGAGGGCAAGCUCAACCUGCUUUUCAUCCACAAUGUGGACCCAGAUGACUCUGGGAUAUACUCCUGUGAUACUGGAGACAUGCAGAGCAGCGCCAAUCUGACUGUCACAGAGCUGGCUCCAUGCUUUGAAGAAGAGCUGCAGGCUGUGGAGGCUGAGGAAGGAGGCACGGCCUUCCUGUCCUGUGAGCUGUCUAAGCCUGGAGUCCCAGUCCAGUGGAGGAAGGGCCUGCUGCCUCUCAGGCCCAACAGGAAGUACCAGAUGAAGCAGGACGGCUGUGUGUUUCAGCUACACAUCCUGGAGCUGAAGUCCGAGGACAGUGGCAGCUACUCGUGCCAGGCAGGUUGUGUGGAGACCACCGCCUCUGUGUAUGUGAAAGUUAAAGUACUCAUUGAGAAGAAGCCCCGGGACACCGUCAUCAUGGAAGGGGAGACGGCGACCUUGUCCUGUACGACCUCUGACAUCACUACCCCUGUCACAUGGAGACGCAACAACAUGCCCCUACUGAACGGAGACAAGUAUGAGAACCUCCAGUGGAGGAAGGGCCUGCUGCCUCUCAGGCCCAACAGGAAGUACCAGAUGAAGCAGGACGGCUGUGUGUUUCAGCUACACAUCCUGGAGCUGAAGUCCGAGGACAGUGGCAGCUACUCGUGCCAGGCAGGUUGUGUGGAGACCACCGCCUCUGUGUAUGUGAAAGUUAAAGUACUCAUUGAGAAGAAGCCCCGGGACACCGUCGUCAUGGAAGGGGAGACGGCGACCUUAUCCUGUACGACGUCUGACCUCACGACACCUGUCACAUGGAGACACAACAACAUGCCCCUACUGAACGGAGACAAGUAUGAGAACCGUAAGGAGGGCAAGCUCAACCUGCUUCUCAUCCACAAUGUGGACCCAGAUGACUCUGGGAUAUACUCCUGUGAUACUGGAGACAUGCAGAGCAGCGUCAAUCUGACUGUCACAGAGCUGGCUCCAUGCUUUGAAGAAGAGCUGCAGGCUGUGGAGGCUGAGGAAGGAGGCACGGCCUUCCUGUCCUGUGAGCUGUCUAAGCCUGGAGUCCCAGUCCAGUGGAGGAAGGGCCGACUGCCUCUCAGGCCCAACAGGAAGUACCAGAUGAAGCAGGACGGCUGUGUGUUUCAGCUACACAUCCUGGAGCUGAAGUCCGAGGACAGUGGCAGCUACUCGUGCCAGGCAGGUUGUGUGGAGACCACCGCCUCUGUGUCUGUGAAAGUUAAAGUACUCAUUGAGAAGAAGCCCCAUGAUACCGUCAUCAUGGAAGGAGAGACGGCGACCUUAUCCUGUACAACCUCUGACCUCACUACCCCUGUCACAUGGAGACGCAAUAACGUUCCCCUACUGAACGGAGACAAGUAUGAGAACCGUAAGGAGGGCAAGCUCAACCUCCUUCUCAUCCACAAUGUGGACCCAGAUGACUCUGGGAUAUACUCCUGUGAUACUGGAGACAUGCAGAGCAGCGCCAAUCUGACUGUCACAGAAAUAGGAAACAUAGAAAUAAAGAAAUUAGAAUGCCCACUCAAGUCACACCCUGGCUCCCCCCACUUUGGUGGCGCCUCUGGUGCGGGGUCCCUCUCCGCCGACCCCGUACUGGGGACCCUCGUAGCAGGCCCCGGACUGGGCGCCCUCGUUGCAGGCCCCGGACUGGUUGCCCUCGUUGCGGGCCCCGGACUGGGUGCCCUCGUUGCGGACACCGGACUGGGUGCCGUCGCUGGAGGCUCCGGGCUGGAGGCCUUCUCUGGAGGCCCCGGACUGGAGGCCGUCUCUGAAGGCCCCGGGUUGGGGGCCGUCUCUGGAGGCUCCGGGCUGGAGGCCGUCUCUGGAGGAUCCGGGCUGGAGGCCGUCUCUGGAGGAUCCGGGCUGGAGGCUGUCUCUGGAGUGGAGAGACACACAAGAGGCCUGGCUCUGGGAGCAGGCACAGGACUCACCAGGCUGGGGAGACAUACAGGCGGCUUCACUGGGCCGUGGAGGCGCACUGGCAGCCUCGAGCGCAGACCUGACACAACCCGUUCUGGCUGGAUGCCCACUUCCACCCGGCAAAUGCCGGACGCUGAGCUGCCUCCAUACUUUGAGGAGGAGCUCCAGGCUGUGGAGGCUGAGGAAGGAGGCACGGCCUUCCUGUCCUGUGAGCUGUCUAAGCCUGGAGUCCCAGUCCAGUGGAGGAAGGGCCGACUGCCUCUCAGGCCCAACAGGAAGUACCAGAUGAAGCAGGACGGCUGUGUGUUUCAGCUAUACAUCCUGGAGCUGAAGUUCGACGAUAGUGGUAGCUACACGUGCCAGGCAGAUGGCGUGGAGACCACCGCCUCUGUGUCUGUGAAAGUUAAAGUACUCAUUGAGAAGAAGCCUCGGGACACCGUCAUCAUGGAAGGAAAGAUGGCCACCUUAUCCUGUACGACCUCUGACCUCACUACCCCUGUCACAUGGAGACGCAACAACAUGCCCCUACUGAACGGAGACAAGUAUGAGAACCGUAAGGAGGGCAAGCUCAACCUGCUUCUCAUCCACAAUGUGGAUCCAGAUGACUCUGGGAUAUACUCCUGUGAUACUGGAGACAUGCAGAGCAGCGUCAAUCUGACUGUCACAGAGCUGCCUCCAUACUUUGAAGAAGAGCUGCAGGCUGUGGAGGUAGAGGAAGGGGGCACAGCCUGCCUGUCCUGUGAACUGUCUAAGCCUGGAGUCCCAGUCCAGUGGAGGAAGGGCCGGCUGCCUCUCAGGCCCAAUAGGAAGUACCAGCUGAAGCAGGACGACUGUGUGUUUCAGCUACACAUCCUGGAGCUGAAGCCCGAGGACAGUGGCAGCUACACGUGCCAGGCAGGUGGUGUGAAGACCACAGCCUCCGUGGCAGUAAAGCCUCUCCCAGCCAAGACAGAACCUCCCAAGACAAUGCCUCCCACAAAGGCUCCCACAAAGGCUGCCUCUCCCACACCUCCACCAGGGCCAAAGAAACAAGGCAUGAUCUGGGCAUCCAUUGUGGAGUCAGAGAAAGACCUGGAGCCUGAGGCAGAGACAGUGGUAGACCUACAUGAGAAACAGUCAGUAAGGUCUAUAGGUAAGGAGACUAAGGUAGACCAGCAGGAGAAACAGCAAGUCAAACAGACAGUAAUAGCUAUGGUGAGGGCCUCAGAGGAAAAAAAGCCAUUGAAGUCUAUGGUUAAAGAGAUUGAAGUAGACCACAUGGUGAAACAGCCAGUGCCCCCAGCGAGACGAGCAUCUAUAAUGUCAGAUACUGGAAUAGACCAAGUGGUGAAACAACCAGUUCCACUAGUGAGACAAGCAUCUAUUAUGUCAGAUACUGGAAUAGACCAAGUGGUGAAACAACCAGUUCCAUCAGUGAGACAAGCAUCUAUAAUGUCAGAUACUGGAAUAGACCAAGUGGUGAAACAACCAGUUCCAUCAGUGACACAAGCAUCUAUAAUGUCAGAUACUGGAAUAGACCAAGUGGUGAAACAACCAGUACCACCAGUGAGACGAGCAUCUAUAGUGUCGGAUGUAGGGGUAGAUGAGGUGAGGAAACAGCCAGUUCCACCAGUGAGACAAGCAUCAGUAGUGUCAGAUGCUGGGAUAGACCAAGUGGUGAAACAACCAGUACCACCAGUGAGACGAGCAUCUAUAGUGUCGGAUGUAGGGGUAGAUGAGGUGAGGAAACAGCCAGUUCCACCAGUGAGACAAGCAUCAGUAGUGUCAGAUGCUGGGAUAGACCAAGUGGUGAAACAAACAGUUCCAUCAGUGAGACGAGCAUCUAUAGUGUCGGAUGUUGGGGUAGAGCAAUUGGUGAGGAAACAACCAGUUCCACCAGCGAGACGAGCAUCUGUAGUGUCGGAUGCUGGGAUAGAGCAAGUGGUGAGGAAACAGCCAGUUCCAGCAGUGAGACAAGCAUCUGUAGUGUCAGAUGUUGGGUUAGACGAGGUGAGGAAACAGCCAGUUCCACCAGUGAGACGAGUAUCAGUAGUGUCAGAUGUUGGGUUAGACGAGGUGAGGAAACAGCCAGUUCCACCAGUGAGACGAGCAUCUGUAGUGUCAGAUGCUGGGUUAGACGAGGUGAUGAAACAGCCAGUUCCAGCAGCGAGACGAGCGUCUGUAGUUUCAGUUUCGGAUACUGGGGUAGACGAGGUGAGGAAACAGCCAGUUCCACCAGUGAGACGAGCAUCUGUAGUGUCGGAUGCUGGGAUAGAGCAAGUGGUGAGGAAACAGCCAGUUCCACCAGUGAGACGAGCAUCCGUAGUGUCAGAUGUUGGGUUAGACGAGGUGAGGAAACAGCCAGUUCCACCAGUGAGACGAGCAUCCGUAGUGUCAGAUGUUGGGUUAGACGAGGUGAGGAAACAGCCAGUUCCACCAGUGAGACGAGCAUCCGUAGUGUCAGAUGUUGGGUUAGACGAGGUGAGGAAACAGCCAGUUCCACCAGUGAGACGAGCAUCCGUAGUGUCCGAUGUUGGGUUAGACGAGGUGAGGAAACAGCCAGUUCCACCAGUGAGACGAGCAUCCGUAGUGUCCGAUGUUGGGUUAGACGAGGUGAGGAAACAGCCAGUUCCACCAGUGAGACGAGCAUCCGUAGUGUCAGAUGUUGGGUUAGACGACGUGAGGAAACAGCCAGUUCCAGCAGUGAGACGAGCAUCUGUAGUGUCAGAUGUUGGGUUAGACGAGGUGAGGAAACAGCCAGUUCCACCAGUGAGACGAGCAUCUGUAGUGUCAGAUGCUGGGUUAGACGAGGUGAUGAAACAGCCAGUUCCAGCAGCGAGACGAGCAUCUGUAGUUUCAGUUUCGGAUACUGGGGUAGAUGAGGUGAGGAAACUGCCAGUUCCACCAGCGAGACGAGCAUCUGUAGUGUCGAAUGCUGGGAUAGAGCAAGUGGUGAGGAAACAGCCAGUUCCACCAGUGAGACGAGCGUCUGUAGUGUCAGAUGCUGGGAUAGAUGAGGUGAGGAAACUGCCAGUUCCACCAGUGAGACAAGCAUCUUUAGUGUCGGAUGUUGGGGUAGAUGAGGUGAGGAAACGGCCAGUUCCACCAGUGAGACAAGCAUCUGUAGUGUCGGAUGCUGGGGUAGAUGAGGUGAGGAAAUGGCCAGUUCCAGCAGCGGGGCGAGCAUCUGUAGUUUCAGUUUCGGAUGCUGGGGUGGACAAGGUGAGCAAACAGCCAGUUCCACCAGUGAGACGAGCGUCUGUAGUUUCGGAUGCUGGUAUAGACCAAGUUGUGAAACAGCCAGUGCCACCAGCGAGACGAUCAUCUAUAGUGUCCGAUGCUGGGGUAGAUCAGAUAGUGAGAUCUAAAAAGAAGAUGGAUAUAGAAAUAGACCAUCAAGAGAAACAGCCAGUGAAGUCUAUGGUGAAGUCUACAGUGCAGGAUACUGAAAAACCCAAGAUGGUGGAGGAUGAUAACGAACUCCAUAUCUCAGAGGAUGAGUCCUUCACAGAGGCCCACACCCAGGUAACAGUCAACCAGAAGACCAGCAAGCCUGUAGUCGCUGUUGCUGGAGUUCCCAAGGGGCUACAGAUGACUCAGCAAAUUGACGAGAUUGCACUUGACAGUGUCGAGGACGAACAUGAGAUGUUGGAAGCUGCCAUCAAGAUCCAGGCAGCUUUCAAGGGAUACAAGACCCGCAAAGACAUGCGGCCCAUCUUCAAGCAGGUGUUUAAGAACCAGAGUGCUGAGACCAAUGGUACCAUCCAGCUGGAGUGUAAGGUGGAAGGGAAGCUCAACGCAGUACGCUGGCUGAAGAACAGCCAGGAAGUCAUAGGAGACCAACGCCACCGCAUGAACACCUCAGAAGAUGGCAUUUGCACACUGGUGAUCAUCAACAUGUCUGCCAUAGACACUGGGGUCUAUACCUGUGAGGUGGUUAACAGGUUUGGUGUGUCCUCAUAUAAUGGUAACAUUACUGUGGGUGAACCUCAAAUGCGGAUUUCAGAAUCCAUUACUGUGGAUUCUGUGGAUUCUGUGGAGUGCGAGGGGAUCUCCCUGUGGCAGACCUACAAGCUAACCAAGGAGGAUCCCCGCAUGACCCUGCAGGAGAGGAGGAGGGCCUCCCUUAUUGCCGCCAGCUCUAUGUCUAGUCCCUCUGACUACGAUACAGCUCCAGAUUUCAUAGAGCCUGUUGACAUAAUCCCCAAAGAUCACAACAGGCAAAAGGAAGCCAUUAAGUCAGAGGACCAGUUAUCCAAUAAGGAGGAUGAAGAACAGAAUGUCACAUCUCAACCACCCAGGCAUUUUAAGGCCAAAGUACCUGAUGCCAUGUUGAGGACUCCAUCCCCCAAACACUAUCAUGCCCACACACCUGCUGCUCUUACAGGCUCUGGCUCGGAGUCAGAUUGUGACGAGGAUAGAAUAGAGACAUUUGAUAUAUACGUGGCCAGAGCUAACUGCAGUCCUCAACAAGGUGGCAACAAGGAGAGCUUUGUGUUGAAGGAGGGUCAGUACGUGGAGGUCUUGGACUCUGUCCACCCGGAGAAGUGGCUGGUCCGCACCAAGCCCUCCAAGACCACCUCCUCUCGCCAAGGAUGGGUCUCUCCUGCAUACCUGGAGAAAAAGAGAAAGGAGACAUUCCCACAAAUGAGAACACCACAACAGGAGCUGGAUGUACCAGGGUCUACAGGGGAGAACUACAGGAGAACCUUAAGCCAAUUAAUCCAGGGGCUGAUUGAUGGGGAGGAAGAGUUUGUGAAGGAGAUGAAGGAAUUCAUGUCCCACCACCUGCACCACUUAGACACCAGCCCUCAUGUCCCUAUCAACAUCAUCAACCAGAAAGAAACCAUCUUCCGCAAUAUAAAGGACAUCAUGGCUUUACACGAGAGAUCUAUUCUGCCCAGUCUGAGUGAGUGUUCUACUGACGAUGACGUGGCCAUGCAUCUGGUCAAACAUGCAGUGGACUUUGAGAAGUAUCUGCAGUACAUGGUGGGCCAAUCACAGGCAGAGGCCUGUGUCACUGACAAGACCAUCCAGCAGUACUUCAAGCAAAACAUGGAAACACACCCUGAGCACCCGGAAACUGCAGUCCUUGAUGUCAUCACCUUCUUACAGAGACCAGUGGAGAGGAUUCAGACCUACCAGGCCUUGCUCAAGGAACUGAUCAAGAACAAGGCUAAGUGUGCGAAAAGCUGUCUUCUACUGGAAGAUGCCUUCUCCAUGGUGUCCUGUCUGCCCUGGCGCUCUGACAACCUACACCAGGUGUCUCUAAUUGAGAACUACCCUGCCCCACUCACUGCACUAGGAGAACCUGUCCGCCAGGGUCCUUUCACUGUGUGGGAGGAGUCUCCCGAGAUCAAGACGUCCUCCAGGGGCCACCAGAGGCAGGUGUUCCUCUUCAAGGACUGUGUCUUGCUGUGUAAGCUCAAGAGAGACCCUGGCAUGAACUCUGACACCUAUGCCUUCAAGAACAAGAUGAAGCUGAAUGAUGUGGAGGUGAAGGAGACUGUGGGGGGAGAGGAGAAGUCCUGGGGGCUGUGGCACGAGCACCGGGGCUCAGUGAGGAGGUACACACUGCAGGGCCGCUCCUCCGUGCUCAAGCUGUCCUGGCUCAAAGACCUGCGAGAGCUGCAGCAACGCUCCAGCCUGACUGCCAGCAGUCCACCAGAGUUUGAAGUUCUCCUGGCUGACUGCACCACAAAGAUCGGGCAGACAAUCAAGUUGGCCUGCAAAGUCACAGGAACACCCAAACCAGUGGUCAGCUGGUACCAAGAUGGCCUGGCCCUAGAGGAUGGCCCGCACCACAUCAUCACUGCAGACCGGGCGGGCACCUGCUGUCUCAUCAUGGAUGGGGUCACUCCUGAGGACUCUGGACAGUACUUGUGCUACGCUUCCAGCUCUGUGGGCCAUGCUAGCACACUGGCCAAGAUAGUGGUGGAUGCACCCCCCAGAUUCCUUACCAGGCUGCAGAGUGUAUGUCUGCUGGAGGGAGAGGACAUCAAGUUCAGCUGUUCCACACACAGUACUCCUUUACCCAGAGUCAGUUGGUUUAAGGAUGGCAGAGAGCUGACAGACCAGGGGAAGUACCACAUAGAGAGUGAUGCCCGCAGUGGGAUCCUCACGCUCACCAUCAUGAACCCUGGAGAGACAGACCUGGGACAGUAUAAGUGUGAGCUGUGGAACAAGUUGGGCAGUGCCAAGAGUAAAGCAGACAUGUGCUCCGCCUUUGCACAAGUGAUGGACAGUGAGCCUGACCAACCACAGGCCAUCUUGAACCAAGGUACAGUAGGAGAGUUCCCUCCACCAAAUCAAGGUAAAUGUCCACCUCGGAGUCAGGUCACAGGUUUUGAGAAGAAGGCUACAGUAGAGAUUUUCAUCUUUAGUGUCCACAUGUUCUACACUAUAAGACAUGAUGACAGUCUAAUACAAUCUAGGACAAGGACCCCAUAG